ACCAUAUACAAAUUAUGCUUUGUUUAGCUAUUUUCUGUGAGUAUUUUUAUUUUCUGUUUCCUUCUCAAAGAAAUUGUUUGUUUUCUUCACUCCUCAAACUGGUUUGACCAAACAGGAAUGUGUCUACCAGCGGCUACUCUACUUUCUCAGACUCACAGAUUUUCUUUGGGUCUCAGUUUUGGCCUGAAAAUUCUCAGGGCACAUCUCAGGAUAUGAGUUUGUCAUCCAGGACAUCCCAGCAGAGUUCUCAGGAGGCCAGUGACCCAAGAUUUUCAACCAAUUAUCACACCAAACCUCUCCUGUUUGGAGUGGAAGGGAAAGAUAAAACAAGAGCUCCUGGUAUACUGGACAAAUUUGAAGAGUACCGGAAAAAAGUAAAAGACAAAAAUGACAGUGACAAUUUGGCCAAGGAAUGUGUACAUUUUCGAGAAACUCUCAACAAUGUGAAGCAGUUGCUCACCAGUACGGAGUCAAAUACACUCGCAUGCAAAACAAUCCUAGAAGGAUUUAACAAUUUUGCAUCAACGUUGCAGAAUAAUCUUGCCAGUCUACAGAGCCACACUUCACAGCAGUUUGAGGCGUUGCUGAAUAAUGUGACCUCCCAGAAAGGGCUGAUGACACAUCUGGAGGAAAGAGUGGACAAGACCGGAGACAUCACCGCAGAACUUGGAUCAAAUAUCAACAGCUUAAAAAACAGCAUGGUGACUCUGAGAGAGGAGCAGGAGAGAGAAAAAAAUAUGCUUGAAGAGGUUCUAAAUUUGCUGAGUGCCUUAGUCUCAAAGCAUUCGGUCAAACCAGAGCAUGUGACCCUAAUGGACUGUGCCAUCCAGACGUCACCAGGGAUGGCAAAACCAUUUUCUUGUAUCCAGCAAGACAGCAAGCCUGAAGCCAGUCUGCUUCCAUCUACAUCAGACACCCAAGUACAAAAUCAGGUUACAAUUUCCCCUCAGGAUCCCUGCAGCCUGAAAGGAAAGAGGAAACGCAAUCUCAGACGUCCUCGGAGCCGCACAAAGCGACCUCUAGCGCUCUCACAGCCAAGAAAGGGGUCUGGGAUGGUCUCAGAUGAAAACUGCAUCAAACAACAAAAUGUUUCCACACUUCUCUGGGAGCAUUGUGAUGAGAACAGAGUUAACAUCCGGAGCAGCUUGAAACCGGAGGUGAACAAUGAUAGGAAGGCUGCUGGCUGUUUGCUCACACCUCUGAGCUACUGGUCUCAGGACAGUAACAGUUCUGUGGGUAUCUCAGCAAUUGAACCCAUCUUAGAGAAGCUGUCAGCUGAGUGCAAGAGUGAGAACCCAACACCCCAGAAACUUGGAGGCUUGUGGUCAUUGUUUGCAGAGAAGUGCUGUGAGCAACGCCGACCCCUGUGCAUCGCCUUCAUCGAUCUGACAAAGGUGUUCGACCUUGUCAGCAGACAAGGUCUCUUCACCUUACUCCAGAUGAUUGGAUUCCCUCCCAAGCUACUGAAAAUGAUCACGUCCUUCCAUGAGGAGAUGAAAAGUACUGUCCAGUAUGAUGGCUCAUCCUCGGAACCCAUCCCAAUCAAGAGCAGGGUGAAACAGGGCUGA